ACACGCCUGCUGGCAACUCAAAGUCUCCGCCGCUGCGAAGCACAACAAGAUUAUUUUAUUUUUUUUGCAAGGAGCAAUCAUCUUCAAUCGGUUGCAAGAUCCUUCUGCUGUUGCAAACGAAAGGGCUGGGAACCUUAUCUCCUCCCCUCCCAUACACACACAUUUUGGGUCCUGUGGGCGCUGCAGGGGGAGGUUUUGCCUGGGGAGUGGGGAGUGGGCUUGGGGAGGGCGGGUGUCAAGCAGGAAGAAAGUGGCCGGAGGAUUAGGACGGCAGCUGUGGAUUUUUGAAGCUGGAGGGAAUGUUUUCUUUGGAUGGUGGAAAAGGAGACGAGACAAGGCAGGAGAAGAAGCAACAACGGAUGGAAACCAAUCAAAGAGAGAUUUCAGUUUGGAAUUAAAGAGGAAACUUCCCAACGGCGGGCGAGGACGAUUAACCAGCGGGGCAGCUGUGGCGGGUUCUUUUCUCGCUGGAGGUUUUUAAGAAGAGACCGGAACAUCCAUUGGUCUGAAAUGGUCUAGGGUCUCCUGCUCGAGCAGGAAGGGUGGGGUUGGACUAGAAAACCUCUCGAGGUCCCUUCCAGCUCUGUAACCGAUUGAUUCAGGAGGAGGGUUCAAGGGAUCGUUUUUGCGGAUGGAUCUGGGUUUCUCUGCUGACCUCGGCCACCUAGGAUGGAAGACGGGGGUCUUUGCAAAGGAAUUUGGGAAACUCUUCGCCUAAAUGGAUUUUAUCUCCAAAGAAGCCGGCGCUGGAUGAGGGUUGAGUUUUGCAUUUCGGGAGAUUUACUGAAUCUUUCAUAACCGGACUAAUUCAAAGAUUUGGCUGCAGUUUCCUAAGCGCAUCUGUUUCUCUCUGGUUGCGCCACUCGAAUCCAGAACUGAGACAGACAGAGGCUGGUUGGGUAGCAAGGACCAGCAUCUCCAGAGCACCUGAAGGCAGGACGAAGAAGGAUGGAAACCUAUCAAGGAGAGAAGCAACUUGGAAUUAAGGAGGAAUUUCCUGACGGGGAGUCCAAUUAACCAGCGGAACAGCUUGCUACCACGAGUUGUAGGUGCCUCCAUCACUGGAGGUUUCUAAGAAGAAAUUGGAGAGCCUAUUGUCUGGAACAGUAUAGGGUCUCCUGCUUGAAUAGAGGGUUGGACUAGAAGACCUCCAAGGUCCCUUCCAUCUCUUGUUAUUCUGUGAUCCGCCCAGCCAGGAUGCAGCGUUUUGAGGCCUGGCGUCGCUCCUUCCUGUUUCUUUCCCGUUUCCGGGUUUACAAGAAGUUGAGCUGUGGCAUGCAGGCUGAUGAAGGGACUGACUGGUUACUCGAACUCCUGACCGAAGUCCAGCUUCAACAGUACUUCCUCCGAAUCCGCGAUGACCUCAACGUCACUCGCCUGUCGCACUUCGAGUAUGUCAAGAAUGAGGAUCUGGAGAAAAUCGGAAUGGGGAGACCGGGUCAGAGACGCCUCUGGGAGGCCGUGAAGAGGAGGAAAGCUGUGUGCAAACGGAAAUCCUGGAUGAGCAAGGUCUUCAGCGGGAAGCGCCCGGACUCGGAGAUGCAGCCGUUGCCCCCGAGUCUCCUGGGCAAGCAGUCGAGCCCGGUGGCCCUCGAGGAGACCCAACAACAGGCCCUGACCUGCCUCAUCAGCGAGAAGGACCUGGUGCUCCUGGAGAAACUGGGCGACGGUUCCUUUGGGGUGGUGCGCCGCGGGGAGUGGUGCGCCCCAUUGGGCAAGGUGCUGAACGUGGCAGUCAAGUGCCUGAAGACGGACGUCCUGAACCAGCCGGAAGCCCUGGACGACUUCAUCCGCGAGGUCAACGCCAUGCAUUCCCUGGACCACGUCAACCUCAUCCGCCUCUACGGGGUGGUGCUCUCCAACCCCAUGAAGAUGGUAACGGAGCUGGCCCCGCUGGGCUCCCUGCUGGACCGCCUGCGGAAGAACCUGGGCCACUUCCUGAUCGCCACCCUCUGCCACUACGCCAUCCAGAUCGCCCGCGGCAUGGCCUACCUGGAGUCCAGGCGCUUCAUCCACCGGGAUCUGGCCGCCCGGAACAUCCUGCUGGCUGCUAAUGACCUGGUCAAGAUCGGAGACUUCGGCCUCAUGCGCGCCUUGCCCAAAAACAACGACCACUACAUCAUGCAGGAGCAUCGCAAGGUCCCCUUCGCCUGGUGUGCCCCAGAGAGUCUGAAGACCCGCACUUUCUCCCACGCCAGCGACACCUGGAUGUUUGGUGUGACCCUCUGGGAGAUGUUCACCUACGGACAGGAGCCAUGGGUUGGCCUUAACGGCAGCCAGAUCCUGCACAAGAUCGAUAAGGAAGGUGAGCAACUCGCCCGACCCGAAGAUUGCCCUCAGGAUAUUUACAACGUCAUGUUGCAGUGUUGGGCGCACAAGCCAGAAGAUCGGCCCACUUUCGUGGCUCUGCGGGAUUUCCUCCUGGAGGCUCAACCCACGGAUAUGCGGGCUCUGCAGGAUUUCGAAGAGCCAGACAAACUUCUGAUCCAGAUGAACGAUAUAAUUACAGUCAUCGAGGGAAGGGCGGAGAACUACUGGUGGCGCGGGCAGAAUAAGCGGACGUUGAAGGUGGGACAAUUCCCACGUAACACGGUAACUUCCGUGGCGGGAUUGUCCGCCCACGACAUUAGCCAGCCGCUGAAGAACAGCUUCAUCCAUACGGGCCAUGGCGACACCAACCCGCAGCAGAGCUGGGGCUUCCCCGAUAAGAUUGAUGACUUGUACCUGGGAAAUCCCAUGGACCCCCCGGAUGUCCUAGGGUUGGAUUUGAAUCCAGCUCGGCCUACGCAGCUCCCAGGAAGGACAAGAAAGCCCUUGUACGACCCGGUGAACGAGGAAGACCCUCCUUUAGCAAUUAGUCUCAAGCAACUUUGCCUGAAAAGGAAACCCGGUUCGGGGGUCCGAGGAAGCCUGCAGGUUCCCAAGCCCUCCGCCUGCAUCUCGGGCACCAAGGUGGGCGAGAGACUGCUCCUGCCCCACUCCAAAGGAGGCGGCCCUCCCGUGAAUGAGGUGACCCUCAUAGACUUCGGGGACGAGCUCCUUCCCCCCAGCCCAUCUCCCGUCAGGGACUUCUGCGCCCCCUCCUUGGCCCGUUUGGCCAUGGAGGCCUUCUCUUUGUUGGACAAGACCCCUCCUCAGAGCCCCACCCAAGUGCUGCCCCGCCCGUUGCACCCCACGCCCAUCGUGGACUGGGACGCCCGACCCCUGCCUCCCCCGCCCGCCUACGACGACGUGGCUCAAGACGAAGAAGACUUCGAGGUCUGCUCCAUCAACAGCGCCGAAGAGCUGGCGGGGCGGACGCGGAGCAGAGCCUGGGGCAAAGGGGAGGUCAACGGCAGCUUCGCCCCCGAAGGAGACCGUCCUGCUCUCCCCUUGGAUGACAACCUCUUCCUGCCCCCCAAGGAGAGCAAGCAACCCAGCCCGGCCCAAACCACGGAAAUUUUCCAGGAGCUUCAGCAGGAAUGCAUGAAGCACCUCAACGUCCCCUUGGGGGGACCUUCUGUGGCCACCGUCCCCAGUCCAGGAGACGAGAAGCCGCAGGUCCCACCUCGCAUGCCCAUCCUGCCCCUCCCUUUCCGCAGGAACGAGCACGGCCGCUGGUCUGGAGACCUCUCCCCGGCUUCCGGAGGGGAGGAAGACCGCCCGCCCCAGAUCCCUCCGCGAGAUCGGUUGUCGCAACCGGGAUCCAGAACUCCCAGUCCGAGGGCCCUUCAAGGCGGAUCUCCCCAGCCGAGAACCAAUCCCUGCUCCCCGCUUUCCUUGGGGGCCUUCCUGUCCACCUCCCCUGGGAAGCAUCCCAUGCCCACCACCCAGAGUUUCGCCUUGGACCCCAAGUACGCCACCCCCAAGGUCAUCCAGGCGCAGGGGAAGGAAAGCGCCAAAGGACCCUGCAUCCUGCCCAUCGUGAAGGACGGGCGGAAAGUCAGCAACACCCACUACUAUCUCCUUCCCGAACGUCCGCCUUACCUGGACAAAUACGAGAAGUUCUUCAAGGAGACGAAGAGCCAGGAUGAGGCCGUGGCACCCAGCCGAGUGGUCACCACGGCCACGGUCCGGCCCAUGAUCCAGCAACCGCCGGACUACAAGGCCAACUUCUCGUCCAAUAACAGCAAUAGCGCCGUCAAGGCCACCUGCGGUCUCCAGAAGAUCAUCUACGAUGGUUCGGAAGGGCCCCGAAGUUCGGAGAAGAUACGGCUGGUCCAGGAUACGGUGCACGGUGUCACCACCGAAGAAUGCAAAGCCGCCCUGCAGAAUCACAGCUGGAACGUGCAAAAAGCUGUCCAGUAUCUGAAGGUGGAGCAGCUCUUCUGCCUGGGAUUGAAGACACGGCUGGAAUGUCACAAAGUCCUGGAGAUGUUCAACUGGAACUUGGAGCAGGCCAGUUCUCACCUGCUGGACCCCUACAAUGCUUCGCAACUCAAUGCCCUUGUAACUUCAAACGGCCGCUGAAUGAAAAGUUGUAAGUUGAAAACUGCCUAUCCAGUGGAGGCUGGCACAGGCCUGCCCACGCUCCUAAUUAAAUAAAUCUUUGCUCACUUCAAAGGGUUUGUCGUGUUUGGGGAGCUGGGUCAAAAGACGAGGUCAAUGACAGAUUUUAUGUCCCGGUCUAUACGGUGUGUUGAGUGUGGGUGAUAUUAGCCUGGGAAUAUAUAUUGAAUAUGGCCAGUCUGGAGAAAAGAAAGACUAGGGGAGACACAACAACGACAACAAGGGCCGCGGUAUGGCUCAGGCUGUAAGAAGCCUGUUAUUAAAACACAAGCUGCCUGCAAUUACUGCAGGUUCUAGUCCUACCAGGUCCAAGGUUGACUCAGCCUUCCAUCCUUUAUAAGGUAGGUAAAAUGAGGACCCAGAUUGUUGGUGGGGCAAUAAGUUGACUUUG